CUCACCCGAGCGGAAGUAAUUAUUGCAGAUGGCUGUUUUUGGGGGGAUUAUAUGUGCUCUGUUACCAGAUUUGGGAUUAAAUUAAAAUUCAGUUGCGUUAAACAGAAUCAAUCGGUCGGGCAGUCGAGGCGAGGCAGGAGGAGACCCGGGUGACACCGAGACUCAUCGUGAGGCGGGGGUGCUCUCGGGUGAACAGAAGAGAGACUGCGAGACGUCAGGCACGCAGCUCCAAAGAAUAAAUGAGAAGCGCUCUGACUGAAGAGGAGUAAUGGACAAAGAUGUUCAAGGUGCGUCUGGCCUGCAUUUGACUGUAGGGGGCGCUGCUGUGCAUUCUCGUUCGGAGGAUGAGGAGCCGGCGGGGGGCAAGGGCAUCAAGAGAACAGUGGCACAGGCCUUCAGCGGGGGGGUGCCCAAGAGACGCAGCUCCUCCAGGUCUAUAAAGCGCAAGAAGUUUGAUGAUGAGCUGGUGGAGAGCAGUCUGGCCAAAUCCUCCACCCGGGUCAAAGGGCCGCCUGUGAUUGAGCCAGCCCGCUACUCCGGGAGCGAGCCCUCGUCCAAUGAGAAAAAGAAGGUGUCGAAGUCUAGCAGCACACCAGCGCCCCCUCUGGCCACAGUCCCCACCCUUCCCACCAUCACCAAGAGAGUGAAGAAGAGCAAGCAGCCCCUGCAGAUCACUAAAGACCUGGGCAGAUGGAAGCCCACUGACGACCUGCUCCUCAUUAACGCAGUGCUACAGACCACAGACCUGACCGCAGUUCACCUGGGAGUGAAGUUCAGCUGCAGGUUCACCCUGCGAGAGGUCCAGGAGCGCUGGUACGCCCUGCUGUACGACCCCGUCAUCUCCAAGUUGGCGUGGCAGGCAAUGCGCCAGCUGCACCCGGAGGCCAUCGCUGCCAUCCAGAGCAAGGCUUUAUUCAGCAGGUCAGAGGAGGCGCUGCUGUCCCAGAUUGGCUCGACCAGCCAGCCCAAGCUGGAUGUGUUCCAGGAGCUGCUGAGCAAACACCCGGGCGUGUUCUACCCGUCCCGCACAGCCCGCAGCCUGCAGGUGCACUGGCAGCUCCUCAAACAGUACUACCUGCUGGAGGACCAGGCCGUCCAGCCGCUGCCCAGAGGAGACCAGGUGCUCAACUUCUCGGACGCAGAGCAGCUGGUGGACGACACCAAGCUCAAGGACAGCAGGGAUGAAGUCCUGGAGCACGAGCUGAUGAUCGCAGAUCGACACCAGAAGAGGGAGAUCAGGCAGCUGGAGCAGGAACUGCCACGCUGGCAGGUGCUGGUGGACAGCAUCACAGGGAUGAACUCCCCGGACUUCGACAAUCAGACGCUGGCAGCGCUGCGAGGGAGGAUGGUGCGCUACCUUAUGAGGUCACGAGAGAUCACUCUGGGUCGAGCCACUAAGGACAGGCAGAUAGAUGUGGACCUGUCUCUGGAGGGACCGGCCUGGAAGAUCUCCCGAAAACAAGGAAUCAUCAAACUGAAGAACAACGGGGAUUUCUUCAUUGCUAACGAGGGCCGGAGACCGAUCUACAUCGACGGCAGACCGGUGCUGUCUGGAAACAAGUGGAAACUGAACAACAACAGUGUGGUGGAGAUUGCUGGCCUUCGCUUUGUCUUCCUGAUCAACCAGGAGCUCAUUGCUCUCAUCAAGGCAGAGGCAGCCAAGAUCAGCCUGCAGUGAGGCAGCAGGGGGCGCCGUCACAGCCAGUCUGAGCAGACACGUGUGUGUGGGAGAGUAUAUCUGUGGUCUUGUGUAAGAAUGUAUAUAGGCGUUGAGAUGAAUAUUAAGAGCAACUAGUGCAAUUCUGACUCUGACGUCCACCUGUAAAAGUUCUUGAGUUACUUUCGCAAAUGAAGAAAACCAAAUGCCUUUCCAAGUCAGGAAAUAUUCUGAAAGAAUGACACUGCGUCUGUAUGGGAGGAUGUGUGUGGAUGAGCUUCAAAAGACUGCGGAGUGUUAUAAAUAAUUUGAAAACCUGCUGAAGAAAAAUUGAAGAUUCUAGGGGCUAGCUUGAAGAAUUUGGCUGUGAUUCCAAGGUGCUGAAAAAAAAAAAGGAAGACAUUUACUAGAGAAGCAGCAUUGCUGUAACUGAACACAAGGUGGCACUGUUUUGUUUGUUCUGCUAUCUUGCACACCUCCAUCAACCCAUAAGCAGGGGGUGCUGUUGAUUCUGAAAGCGUGCGAUAAGCAGGAGACCCUGCAGGUGGAGCUGGCAGGAUUUCCUGACAGCGCGGGAUACACCUGCAGGUUUAACAUGGAGCAAAAGCAACGCCUUUGUAAAGAGCAAAUAAAAGGACUUCACACCCUGUCUCGUCGUGUGAUCUCUUGUGCUAGCGCUCUGGGCAGUUGCAAAAGUGGACGCUGUACAGAUGUUUUUGGUGUCUUUUUUUAAUAAAUGACUUUGGGCUACUCUAA